GAGUUAGCGCAGCACUACCCCACAAGAGAAGCAGAGCAGAGCUGGAACAAGUCACAGAAGACACAUUGUUCACACCAGACAAGAAAAAAAACAAAAAACCCCAAUGACUGAGUGGAUAUUAUUUGUUCAACUAUUUGUGGGGCUGCUUCUUAUUCCAGGUGAAGAUGCCUCCUGUCCUAUUGAGCUGAUCCCACCUCGUGUUGUGGUGAAAUAUGGAGAUCCAAUCUCAGUCAAUUGCACAACAUCAGCAGAGGAAUUGGACGGACUCGGCUGGGAAGCUUCAGAAGGAGGCGCAAGCGCACCUGAUACGCAGAGAUAUGUGAUGCUGACAGUUCAGAGUGUGACACAGUGGAGAAGUCAUCCAAUGUGUUUCCUCAACUUUAAACAGUCUCAAUGUAGCACCAGACUUGGACUUGUUAUCUACACAUUUCCAGAAAACAUUAGCAUCAGCUCCAGCAUUGAAUCCAGUGAAGAAAUGACAGAAAAUGAAGAGUAUAGCUUCACAUGUAGCAUCCUCAAUAUUGCACCUGUUCAAAAUCUCACUGUUAGGUGGUACAAGGGAAACCAGGUCAUCUACAGUGAGAAUCUAACAAAUAGCACAAAGCAUCCCACCAACCAGACGUCUAUCUUUCGUUUUACACCGACAAGACAGGAUGACCGAACCACUAUCAGAUGCGAAGCACAUAUGGACUUGGGGCCAGAAGGUCCACAAUUUAAUGCAUCUUCACGUGAAUUAAGUAUUGGAGUAAUGUUUGGACCUGAGAUUGAAUGUCACACCGUAGAGAUUCAGGAGGGAGAAUCUUUGGAUGGGAAAUGUAAAGUGACAGGAAACCCCACUCCACAGAUUAAGUGGCUGAAAAAUGGACAUUCCAUAAACCUCCGGUAUUCUCUGAGAAGAAAUGACACGGGAACAUAUGAAGUCAAAGCAGAAGGUCUUGCCUCGGUUGAAAGAAAAGUCCAACUUAUGGUGUUCUAUGGACCAGAGUGGACUUGUCCCCAUACAUAUACUAUUCUAGAACACACUCGACACAACCUCACAUGCAGUCAGGGCUUCCCAGAACCUACUGAGAUCUGGUACAAAGAUGAAGAGGAGGUUCAACUUCCAGUCUUCCUAACAAGGAGCAAUGCGGGCCAGUACUUUGUCAGAGUUUCAAACAAUCUGACAACUCUCAACUUCACAGUGGACAUUGUUGUUCAUUACCCACCAUCACAUAUAUUGGAGCUUGAAGACUCAGAAGUUGAGGUUGGGGAAGUUUUGGGACUGAAGUGCUCUUCUGUAGGUAACCCACGUCCCAACUACUCCUGGAUUUACUACAGGACUCACAAUGUGAAUGAGAGAACAGAAGAUGGAAUAUCUCGCCUGGUCAUCAACAAUGCCACUGGAUUCAACAUUGGUUCCUACACUUGCCAUGCUUGGAAUGAGAGAGGAAAUGUCUCCAAAACUGUUAGAGUUACUGUCAAAGGUGCUAAGCAGGAAUGCCCUAUUGAAAUGCAUCCAGAUUCAAUGGUGUUGCAAUACCAAAGCAGUGGACAGUCUGCGAACUGCAAGGCCCAAACCAAUAACUCUGAUAACAAUGCGUACUGGCUGAUCAGACAGAAAAAUGGAACAAAUAAAAAGGAAAACAUAAGUUGGACUCCAAACACACAUGAAGACUGGGACCCAAGUCCUGUUUGUCAUGCAUCGUUUUUGGGAAUAGGAUGGUGUAACAAAACUCUACACUACAUUCUUUACAAAGAACCAGAAAAUGUCUCCGUGAGUGAAACUGUGAACAACUCAGCAUCUUCAGAAGAGGGAAGUAGCGUGACACUGGAGUGUAAAAUUGUGAAAGUGGCUCCUGCAGAACAUCUCAGAGUACGGUGGUUGUGGCAACGAGGGAAUGAGACUAUUGAGCCUGAUUCAGUGGGAGUAGACAGUAAGUCGGAAUGCAGCUUUCCUGAGGAUAAAUCUCCUGUAAUGGUGGUUUGCACCAUGAACAUCACUCUGAAUAGGACUCUCCAUGGAAUCCAGGUCAAAUGUGAAGCUGAACUGAACCUGGGACCCAAAGGACCUCAGCCUCCUCCACUUAUGACAUCCGAUCCAUUCACACUCAGCGUCCUCUAUAAACCCACGAUUAACACUACAAAGCUUCCUGAGUUGGUCCCAGUGAUCAGUGGUUAUAAAGAGGAGCUUGUUUGUGAGGCUGAUGGCAACCCGGCCCCAAAGAUCACAUGGAAUUACACCUCAGCCACAGCGUUUCUUGGGUCAAAUGGCACUCUCAUUGUAAAUGAAGAAGGCAGCUACAUCUGCAUUGCUAAUAACAGUCUCACCACUGACACACGUGAGGUUAAAGUCAUUUUAAAAGAGGACUACCUGCCCCUCCUAGCUGGAUUUGUGGCUCUCACAGUUGUGGCUAUCUCCAUCAUUUUCGUCUUCAUCUACUCGAUCUACUACAAGAACACCAAAAUGCGUCGCUACAGCCUUAAAAACCCUAAACUCAGCAGUCACAAUGGGAAUGUUGCUCACAACGGCUGGGACAUCCAGCUACCAGUGACCAAGCUGUCUUAGCAGCACUCCUUUCAACGGCACAUUAAGGAUAUCUGCUCUGUCUGAAUUUUAGAUCCUCUUGGACCGGUUGAAAAUAGCUUCUGCUGCUCAAGGUAUCAUAUUAUUGUCACAUCGGCUUCUCCGCAUUUUAUUCUUAAAGAAGUUUCAUGCUUUUAUGAUGAAGGAAAAAUUGUCAGAUCUUGAUUUGUUUUACUGGAUCAGGCAAAAUGAAGGAGUGAGAAGGUAAAAAAUGAAUGAGAUGAAAGAGAUGUAUUUUUCGUAAGAAAGGAGUGUGUUAUGAUUAUUUUUUUGCUUUGGUUUUGUGUAUCUUUGACCUUUCUUCAUUGAUUACUCAGUUCAUUAAGAAACCAGGCAAAAUUUAAAAUCAAUGUAAAACUUCAUUUGCCACGAAGAAGUUAUAUCUGCUUCUGUUUUAUUGGUUAGCAUCAAUGACUCAGUGAAAGUCGAAAUAUCUUUGGAAAAAUUCCCUGCACUUUUGCGUUUUGCAUAUAAUCUGCAUCCUCUAACUGUGUCAGCCCUUUGUUAGUGGUGCCAUACUGUGCUAGGCUCAAGCCUGAUGGAACAAAUUCUCUUGUUCAACACUUUAAUGUGUUUUUUUAUUCUCUGAGUGACUGCAGGCAUUUGUAGCCUUUACAUGUAAAUUCAGGAAAAUAUUUUUAUGUAAAUGAAAAACUUUCUAUUUAUUUAUGUAGAACAGUUAAAAGUUGACUUUAAAAUUGGACUGCAUAUGUAAACAUUGCAGAUGAUGUUGAAGCUUAAGCAGCCUCGAUUGUGAUAUGUGAAAGAACACACUGUAUACAUUUGUGAAUACUGCUGUAAAUAUUUACAUUUGUUUAAAUCGUUUUUUAAACUAUUAAACUUAUGCAUUUUCAUAACA